CCUUUUUUUCCUUUUUUUUCUUUAAGCUCAUUUUGUCACUUUGGCAAUCGAUUUCAUGGUCGAAAAUAAAAACGUUCUAGUACAAGAAAAAGGACUUAAGGAUGAGAAUGCUGCACCUAAAAAGCCAUUAUUGAGUAAACCUAAUACACGGCGAGAGAAUCAGUCACAACAGCAACUCGAAGAAGAACUUAAGGCGAGGAUGAUAAAGAGAAGACAAAGAGAAAAGAGGCUGCGAGAGCAAGCAGCAAAAGAUGAUAAAGAUGGCUGUGAAAAGUAUGAAAAGCUAAGCAAGAUCGGUGAAGGAACGUACGGUGUUGUGUUUAAAGCAAUGGAUAAAAAAACAAAACAAUUAGUGGCACUGAAAAAGAUUAGACUUAAUUUGAUGGAAGGUGUACCAACAACAACGAUCCGAGAAAUAUCCAUUUUGAAAGAACUGAAGCAUAAAAAUGUUGUUAGUUUACUUGAUUUGGAGCAAAAGGAUACCUUGAUCUACAUUGCGUUUGAGUUCUUUGAGCUGGAUUUGAGAAAAUACAUGGACAAUGUGAAAAGAGAAGGUCUUAGUAUUGGCCAUAUUAGAAGCUUCAUGCAUCAACUAUUAAAAGGACUUCAUUAUUGCCAUUCACAUCGCAUACUUCAUCGUGAUCUGAAGCCACAGAAUCUAUUGAUUGACAAAACCGGCCGACUUACUAUCGCUGAUCUCGGUCUCUCUCGUGCCUUUGGUGUGCCUAUGCGAACAUAUACUCAUCAAGUGAUCACCCUAUGGUACAGAGCUCCCGAAAUACUGCUGGGUAGCCCACACUAUUCUACAGCUGUAGAUAUGUGGAGUGUGGGUUGCAUAUUUGCUGAAAUGUUGACGAUGCAGCCUCUGUUUCCUGGUGAUUCACAGAUAGAUCAAUUAUUUAAAAUAUUUAGAGCACUUGGUACACCUACGGAAGAAAUGUGGCCAGGUGUAACAGCAUUGCCUGACUUCAAUAAUAACUUUCCACCAUGGAAACCAUCAAAUUUAAAAGAAAGAUUAAAAAAAUAUCCCAACAAUUUGCCAGCAGAAGAUUCAGCAUACCAUUUACUAAAGUGUUUCUUAACAUAUGACCCAGCCUCUCGUAUAUCAGCCAUUAGAGCAGAGGAACACCCGUUCUUUUUUGAAGAUUUGUCACUAUUAGAUAUUUAACAUCUACACACUUGUCUCCACUUCAUAAACAAUACAUGUUGUAAAUAAACUGCAUACCAUGAAACCUUUGUAUGAUCAAUUUAAUUACAUAUUACUAUUGUGUGCACCUGCUUAAGGAGAUGUACGCCCCAUUAACAUUCAUGCGUACUCUGAAUCUGAGGAUAUCUUAUAGUAACCCCCCAGGAGCAUUGAUCUGCGUGCUUAAAAGGCAAGACUAUGUAGCACUAGAAUGCCAAUAAUAGUAACUUACGCAAAUAUUGACAAUAGUAAGCUGGUCAAAAGAGAAUAAGCAACCAAGGAAACACGAUAAACGGGGUUCACUGGAGACAUA